GGACAGCGGCUCCCGGCUGGCGGCGGCGCAUCCCCAGGCUGUGAAUGCGACUCGCCUCUCCGCAGCGCUCCCCGCCCGCCCGCCCGCCAGGACGUGGUAGGGGAUGCCCAGUUCCACGGCGAUGGCAGUUGGCGCGCUCUCCAGUUCCCUUCUGGUCACCUGCUGCCUGAUGGUGGCUCUGUGCAGUCCAAGCAUUCCUCUGGAGAAGCUGGCCCAGGCACCUGAGCAGCAGGGCCAGGAGAAGCGCGAGCACGCGUCUCGGGACAGCCCGGGGCGGGUGAGCGAGCUCGGGCGCCCCGCGAGGGACGAGGGAGGCAGCGGUCGGGACUGGAAGAACAAGGGCGGCCGCGGGCUCGCCGGUAGGGAAGCGUGGAGCAAGCAGAAGCAGGCCUGGGCCUCCCAGGGCGGGGGUGCCAAGGCCGGGGACCUACAGUUCCGGCCCCGCGGGGACACCCCGCAGGUGGAGCCCCCGGCCGCCGCCGCUGCCUUGGCCCAGGACGCGGCGAGCCCGGAACUCUCACCCACUCCAGAGCCUCCAGAGGAGUACGCAUACCCGGACUACCGCGGCAAAGGCUGCGUGGACGAGAGCGGCUUCGUGUACGCCAUCGGGGAGAAGUUCGCGCCGGGCCCCUCGGCCUGCCCGUGUCUGUGCACCGAGGAGGGGCCUCUGUGCGCGCAGCCUGAGUGCCCGCGGCUGCACCCGCGCUGCAUCCACGUCGACACGAGCCAGUGCUGCCCGCAGUGCAAGGAGAGGAAGAACUAUUGUGAGUUCCGGGGCAAGACCUACCAGACUCUGGAGGAGUUCGUGGUGUCUCCCUGUGAGCGGUGUCGCUGUGAAGCCAGCGGCGAAGUGCUGUGCACAGUGUCCGCGUGUCCUCAGACAGAGUGUGUGGACCCCGUGUACGAGCCCGACCAGUGCUGCCCGAUCUGCAAAAACGGUCCAAACUGCUUUGCAGAAACUGCUGUCAUCCCAGCUGGAAGGGAAGUGAAGACUGAUGACUGCACAAUUUGUCACUGCACUUACGAGGAAGGCACGUGGCGAAUUGAACGGCAAGCCAUGUGCACAAGGCAUGAGUGCAAGCAAAUGUAGACCAUUUACAAUAUAAAAACUGACGUUUUUCUAGGAUAUUUUACUGACGUGAACAUUCUAGAUGACCCUGGGAAAUAUAAAUCAAAAGGAGAAGACUUUUGAUGAGGAAUAAUGGAAAAUUGUUGGUACUUUUGCUUUUCUUGGUAACAAUUAUUGCAAGAGAUGAAAGGAAUAUAUUUCAAAACAUCAACAAGAACUUUGGGCAUAAAAUCGCUCUCUAAAUAAAUGUGCUAUUUUCACAGUAAGUACACUAAAGUACACUAUUAUAUAUUAAAUGUAUUUCUAUAAUCCCUUCAUUAGAGAGCUUAUACAAAUGUUUUCUAAAGAUAAAGAUUAAAAAUGCUGUGUGGCCAACCGUC